AUGUUCGUCAAUAUUCUUGUUCUGGUUUCUCUGCCAGCCGUUUUGGCUUACGCUCGAGCGACCAGUUUCCUGUACAACCGUUUCGCAAUAGGAGAGCUGAGUCUCGAUGGGAUGGCCUGGGUCAACCCCCAUGGCCUCCUGAGUAUGGGCUACGACGUCAGACAGAAUAUGGAGAAUAUGGGCCACGCCUUCCAUCCCAAGCCAGUCCAGUUCAAGAACUCGCCAAACAGCUCCGUCUCUUCCUUCUCUGCCACGUUCGUCUUUGCGAUCCGACCUCGGCAUAGGACUCUGAGCGGCCAUGGGAUCGUCUUCGUGGUCACGCCCCAGAGAGGCCUCCCGGGGUCCCUGCCUAGCCAAUACCUUGGCAUGUUCAACAAAACUAACAAUGGCAACGCCACCAAUCAUGUGUUCGGAGUGGAAUUCGACACGACCCAGGGCAGCGAAUUUCAGGAUAUCGACAGUAAUCACGUGGGAAUCAACUUGAACGGGUUGAAAUCAGCAAUGUCAGCUCCAGCGGGGUAUUAUGCAGAUGGGGGGAAGUUCAAGAACUUGACUCUAAUAAGCGGUAAAGCAAUGCAAGCCUGGGUGGACUACGAUGGCACGGAAAAAAAGAUCAAUGUUACAUUGGCUCCGAUCAAAGUGCAAAAGCCAGACACUCCCCUUCUGUCUCUUACACGGGAUCUCACGUCGGUUAUCAACGAGGACAUGUAUGUUGGCUUCUCAUCAUCGGCCGGUUGGGUCCAAACUUCUUACUAUGUUCUGGGGUGGAGCUUCAGGGUAAAUGGAAAGGCUGAGGCACUUGCCCUGUCCCGACUUCCUAAGCUUCCUCAGAUCGGUAAAAAGGAUAUGUCGAAGGUACUGACUAUUGGGCUGCCAUGGGUGGUUCUUUUCCUCAUAUCAAUCCUGAUCUUGAGCGUAAUUUAUGUGAUGAGAAGGAAACGGAAAUUUGCCGAGGUGCUCGAAGAUUGGGAGAGGGACUACGGCCCGCACCGGUUCAAGUACAAGGACCUUUAUAUUGCGACAAAAGGAUUCCGGGAGCAAGAGCUAUUAGGGACUGGUGGGUUUGGUCGGGUCUAUAGAGGAAACUUACCCACAUCGAACAUAGAGAUAGCGGUGAAGAGGGUCUCACAUGAAUCGAGACAAGGUAUGAGAGAAUUCAUAGCGGAGAUCAUCAGCAUUGGUCGGCUACGUCACCGCAACAUAGUGUCGCUCCUCGGUUACUGCCGUCGGAAAGGGGAGCUGCUCUUGGUUUACGAUUACAUGAGCAAUGGGAGCCUCGACAAGUACCUCUAUAACCAACCAAAGAUCACCCUCAAUUGGAGGCAAAGAUUUAGGGUGAUCAAAGGAGUGGCAUCUGGGCUGCUUUAUCUGCAUGAAGGCUGGGAGCAAGUCGUGAUCCACAGAGAUAUAAAGGCGAGUAACAUCUUGCUAGAUGCUGACCUAAAUGGAAGACUUGGAGAUUUUGGGCUUGCGAGACUAUACAACCAUGGAGCCGACCCUCAAACGACUCACGUCGCAGGAACGCUUGGUUAUCUCGCCCCCGAACACAUGCGAACUGGCAAAGCCAGUAGGAGUACGGACUUGUUCGCAUUCGGAGUGUUUUUGCUUGAGGUUGCCUGCGGGAGAAGGCCGAUCCAGAACCGGGAUGCGGAGGACAUGAUAUUGGUGGACUGGGUAUUUUCUUGCUGGGACAGAGGUGCCAUUCUCGAGGCAAGAGAUCCGAAGUUGGGGGCGGAGUUUGUCGAAGAAGAGAUGGAAUUGGUGCUGAAGCUUGGGUUGAUGUGUUCCCACCCCGAGCCGCUGAUGAGGCCAAGCAUCCGUCAAGUUUUGCAUUACUUGGAGGGUGAUAUUCCAAUGCCGGAGUUGUCGUCCAUCGGCAGCAGGUUAACAUUCGGUCAUCACGAAGGUUUUGAUGAUUUGGCCAUGUCUCCGUCCUCCAUGGAAAAGGCAUUUCAGCAAUCAUCUUCUGUCGUAGAAUCGCUUCUCUCAGGUGGGCGAUGA